CUUCUGAACCUUGCCUGUAUUCUUUCUAGGUUUCCAGGAAUGGAUCCCUUUUUGGAUUUGCUGAAUUCAUUUUCAAGGGCCUUGUCUCCAGAGGAGCUUGCAACUCUUAAAUUUCUUUGCCAGAGCCAUAUUGGUAAAAAAAAACUCGAGGGCGUGGACAGUGGCAACCAGCUUUUUACCCUUCUCCUCGAACAGGAAAGAAUUGCAUGCAGCGAUGUAGAGUUUUUGAGAAGCAUGCUCAAAACUCUGAAAAGAGAAGAUCUACUGACCCAACUGGAGCAGUUCAUCAGAACCACAGAUGGUGAUCAUCAGCCAGAUGUUGAACAGAAAUAUAAACUGGACAGAGCUUUUGAAAUCAUAUGUGAACAAGUUGGGAAGAACUGGAAAAUGCUCACUCGAAAACUUGGAAUUUCAGAUACCAAACUGGAUAGGAUUAGGGAUGCUAAUCCAUAUAACCUGGAAGAACAGUUGAGGCAAUCACUUGUAGAAUGGCGAAAAUUAAAGGGAAAGGAAGCAAAGGUGGAGGAUGUAAUAAAAGCUCUCAGGGACUGCCGGAUGAAUCUAGUAGCAGAUUAUGUUGAAGAAGGUUUGAAAGAAACCUGAAUCUCAAUAGGAUCAGUCAGAAGAGACUAUGCUGGCACUGAAUUAAAAAUUCACAUGAGAGAAGAUUGUUUAGUUGUCAUGGAAAAUAUGGGGACUUACAGCUGCAAUAGACAGAUUACUUACAUAUUGCAUUUUCAUUAGCUGCCUAAGUGAUUUCCUGUUAGGGGCUAAUUGCAAGCCAGUCCUAAGAGCUCAGCAAGCCUGGGCUAAAUUGUAAGAAUCAAAUUUCAACACAAUUUAAGCCACUUUUCAUCCAUUUGGUUCCUUUCAGAUAUGUUAAGACUACAAAUCCUAAUCAGUAUGGCUGGAGAUCUUGGGAAUGCUAAUCCCCAUUCAUGUAGAGGGCAGUAUCUUCUUGGGAAAAACAGGCAAACUCAUUGCAUGCAUUUGGAUGGAAACACAGCCAGGGCAGAGAAGCUUCUUUUUCUUUUCUUUCCUUGCAACAAAUGUGAAGAAAUAAAGUCUGUUUGAUCUGU